AUGGCUUCAACGGAACAGGAAUUGAUGCAGCUUCUUGCCUAUACGUGUGCUCGCAUCAAGCAGUUCAGACCCAAAGGACUUUACGAAUAUUUUGCAGCAAUGCUUGUUUAUGACUGCCUCACGGGAACAUCUCGCGAAGUCGAGCUCAUUUGGACUAGGAAGAUCAAGGCCACAAACUGUCUCUUCAAACUGUCGUUAUUCGCCAAUAGUUUUCAUGAUCCUCAACUGGCUACACUUGAGCAGCGUCUCUCUUUACAAAUGGCUGUGAUACCAACUGCUUUCGGCGUGCUUCGUGUAUACGCCGUGAUAGACCGCGAUUGGCGCACGACACUAUUCACAUUGAUUCUUGGCUUAUUUCCGACAGCAAUAGAUAUCCUAUAUUUCGCCAAGUCUACAUUUGCUGUACUGCCACUCCCAGAUGGCCACUUGUCGUCCAACACAAUCACUGUCAAGUGCGCUUCCUUCGACGUCUUCGUAAUAUCCGUCUUGUGGUCCAAGUGCCGCCAGGCAUGGAAGACGUCGCUGAUUGCGCGGCGACAACACUCCUUAACCGAGCAUCUACUGAAGGAUGUUGUGGAGCCUCCGCAGAGCACGACCGACUUAGAUGGCAUCAAUCUCGACCUCUUAUUCACCCCCACCUCAAUUCAGGAUCAAGAAUCUGCUAUAGCGGGCGAGGGUAGUAUCCGCAACAUGCCUACGAGAUCCGCAUCUAGUCGUGGCACGGGCCUCCCUGUAAAUAUGGUUGAUCUUCAAGGACAUGCGCAUCAAGUUGGGCCUAGCAGGGGAUGCUCAAUAGACUUGUUGUACAACAACAACUGCCGUACUGGAAAAAUGCGUCCAUGGCUACUAGCACGUCCCGGGCGCCAGUAA